AUGUUAGUUCUGGACAGGCCCAAGUCUUUUAAAAAUCUGGCGCCUUCAGAGCUCAAGAAACUAAGGAAUAAACAGAGGAAAGCGAAACGUAAAGCCGAACAGGAGAUAGCGCUUGCGGCACAAGUUCAGGUGAAACGUGAACAGCAUCAUAAAGCACGGCAACAGCAGGAGCAGGGCGACCCUGAAGCUCCUCAACUGGAUGAAUUGGUACCAGACAAACUCGCCAGGGCGGAGGAUCCUUUGGAACAGGCGCUCAAGUUCCUGCAGCCUCUCCGUACUCUGGCCGCUGAUAGAAUAGACACACACCUCAUGGCCUUCGAAAUAUACUUCAGAAAAGAGAAACCUCUGCUCAUGCUGCAGAGCAUCAAGCGCGCGUGGAGACUAGAUCCAUCACACGAACACCUACACGACUGUUUGCUUCGUUUUAGGAGUUGGUUGGAUGAGAAACACGACUCAUUAGUACAGAGUGUAGCCGCUGUUAUAGAUACUGAGAUGCAACCGAUGUUCCGAGAUAGAAGUGCCCAAACAAUGGCCGAGGAGUUCAUAAGUGGACCGUUCAGAUCACAGAGGGCAGCGCUGUGGGGCGCGAGGGCCAUGUGUCGUGUACAACCUUCACGUACGGAGCAGGCUCUACAGUUAGCCACUAGGCUAGACCUGCCUGGGAUGUCCAUACAGGGUUGUGUGGAAGUGCUAGACAGUCUAAAAGAUGGUGAUUUCGGUGCUUGUGAAAAAGAAAUAGAACAAUACAUAGAAGCGUGUAGAGCCAAGUAUCCUUACGCGCUAGCUUUCAAACCCGCUAACGAGAACCACGAAGAUACCGCGCUGCAACCCAAAGAAAUACUAGACAACUGUAACCAAGACGAACAGACGAACAUUAUGUAA